UGGCGGAAGAGUGUCGGCGGACGCCUGCCAAUGGUGCAACAUGGAGCGCUACCGUACACUCGUCACCUCGCGCCGCGUCGCCUCGGCCUUCAUUUUCCCUAGUUGUUAUGGCAGGGUUGUGGUUGAAAGUGCCGUCAUCGUGAACAUGACCGGCACCGAUCGGACUGUUGAGGGAGAGGUUUCAGAUGAUGAGGUGGAGCUGCUCCUCGUUCAAGCGUGGAGAACAGGUACGGAGGGAGACUUUCUGGGAAUUAUAUUUGGGGAAGUGAGCGCCAUCACGAGCGAGUUGCUGGUGGUCCUAGUCCAAGUGUUGGACGAUCUGCCGCUAGAGAUCUUGUCACGUUGCGACGAAAGGCCAGAAACGGAGACGCUUACCCGCUCCUUGGAACCUCACCUCUUGUGGUCCACGUGUACGGAGUUGGAUGAGGGGAGCUACUAUUUGCCGCCGAGGGGCGUGUUUCUGACAGUUGAGAUCACUGAUCUGUCCACGUGGGACCCGCUCGUCCGACGCGUCCCUGAAGGACAGACGAGUGAGGAGGUAAAGGAAGAGGAGGAAGAAGAAUCCGAAGAGUCGGUGGAAGAGGAAGAGUGGAACGACGAUCCUGACUAUCGAGAGUUCGACGACGAGGUGUUGGGAGAGGCUGGAUCGGGGGAGGACAACGAGGAACAGGAGGACGACUCGGAGGAGGAAGCCACGUCAACUGAUUCAAGUGAAGCAGCUGAGCUGACGAGUGAGGAGCAGGAAGCUGAGGAAUAGAAGCGGGGGGAAAAGGCAGAAGGCAAACGUCCGGUCGAGGACUCAAGACUGCCACCGCAACUGCUGCAGGGAAAUCCUGCGCUUAAUCCGGAGCC